GUCAUUGUAGGCAAACAUGGCUUCUUGAACUCGCUCUUGAAUUGAGAAGAUUUGUAAAACUCGGGACAGAAUGGGAGACGGAAAAAGUUAGCACUCAAAAUGUAGAAUAACACAAAGAAAAUAAAAUGGCACAUAUGAAUUUCUCAGACUUCGGUUACACUGUGGACUCCUGUCCCGGUAACAAGACAGAGUACACAACCUCGGCUUCCAGACUGGGGUGUGGUGUGGAUGAGAAUGGGCGGAGUCAGUACGUCUGUGUUCCUAAUCACCAGAGGACAAGUCUGGUGGAGUUCUGUUAUAAGUCAACUAUUGGAUUUUAUGAAAAAGGAAACUGUAUAGAGGUUUACAAAAGUGGAAAUUUGGAUCAAACCAGCUGUCUCAAUUUCACAGAUGGAUGUCCCGAUAACCAUUUCUUUCUCUCUGACCUGUACAAAUUCCCAGCUUGUCAAGCAGUGAAUCUUCUGGAACGAUGCUUUUUUGCGGAUCCUUCGUGUCCUAACAUCACAACAACGGAAGGAUCUUCACCGGAGGAUGACUCAGCACCUAUUGGGGUGAUCAUGGGGAUCCUUGUUCCUGUUGUCAGUAUUGUUCUUCUAGUGUUGAUAACAUUUGUCGUGUGUGGGAGAAAACAUCAAUGUAAAAGAUCAGUAAGACAUGAUAUUGAUACACAAGAACUUGAGGACAUUGUGAACAGAAAUGAAGACCGUGACAAUGAUAUUACUAGUGUUCCUGACUGUGAACGCCCACUGCUGGCAACAAACGAAGGAAAUAUGGAGAUGCAAGAAACGGUCGUCAAUGAAGAUCCAGAGGGUAGAGAGGAGUUUGUCAGAGGAGCUGAUGUCAGCGAAUUUACUACUGGGCUUGAUCAUUCAAUGAUGCCAAGUCAAUUGGAAGAGAAAUGUAAAGAACCGACAAAUCCAGAUUGUGAAAAAAUAAAGAUCAACUCUACAGAGAACUCGAUUCUGCUUCAGAUUGAUUCCAAUACACUGAAAAACGAAGGUGCUAUGAAUUAUGAGAUACGCAUUGACAACACAACAGAGACGCUUUCAUCCAAAGAGCUAAACAAAGAAUUUAUUGAUUUAUUGCCAAGUACAAUAUACACUGCUGAAGUAUUUUCUUAUGGGAAAAUGUACCAGCAAAGUGCUAUGAACUGUACACUCAAUAUAUCUACAAGACCAACAGCUCCCAACUGCAGCAUAUCUCCUGUGACUAAUGUUGGAUUGACCAAUAUAUCAAUUGAUCUUUCAGAGUUAAAAAGACAUGAUAUCGUUUACUUUUUAGUAACAUAUUUUAAUGAUAGUGAAAAGAACCAAAUCAAAAUUGAUAACGAAUUAAGGUAUAGAAAAAUACUGACGGGUUUAAAUCCUGGAACUCUGUAUACUAUUGAGAUCACUUCAGUUGGAGUUCAGAAUAUGACAAGUCUUCAUAAUUGUGUUCAUCAAAAUUAUACUGUUCCUGCUCAACCCGGCAAUAUCUCUUUAGUUGAAAAAACUCCAACAACAAUAUCUCUUAAAUGGAAUGUUUCCGAGGGAUCUGUCAAUACCUACAAUUUAACAGCAAGCUGUACAUGUUCACAGACUUGUCCGUGUAAUAAUUAUUUAAUUCAAUAUACCAGUGGCAGUGCAAAUGCAUCCAUCAUCAACUUGUUACCAGGGGCAAGUUGUCAGGUCGAAAUAAUCGCUGUGUCUGGGAAACUUAGAAGUAUCUCACAGAGUUCUACUUUAUUUGCUGAAGAAACUGCUCCUGGAGGUAUUUCGGAAUUUACUUUGCAAAGUAUCAGUACACAUGAGGUCAAUGUAACAUGGAGUCCACCUCGUUGCAGCAAUGGGCAAAUCAAAGGAUAUGUACUGACUAUUUUGGAUUUAAAUGGUGCAAAAAGUAUAAAGGAUUAUACUAAAGAAAUAUGGCAUUACUUUGGAAACCUUACAGCUGGUACAUGUUAUGAGAUUAAUGUGACAGCAGAAAACGGAGCAGGUCUAGGGGGACCCAUUAGUAAUACUGUAUAUACGACGGAGGAUGUGCCAGAUGAAGUUCAAUCUUUGACAGCAGAGAAUAUAUCAUCCACUUCAAUCAUAGUUUCUUGGACAAAACCAUCAAAACCAAAUGGAGUUAUUCUCAAAUAUCGAUUAGUAGUAAAACAUGAAGAGAAGUGUGUCCGUGAAGUAAUUUUCAACUGCAAGGAAUGUGAGAGAGGUUGUCCAGAUGCACUAGCAAACACCAACAAUUUUCCCGGAAGAUCUAUGGAAGAGAACAUAAGCGGAAAGUAA